GGGCUGCGGUCCGUGAGUGGGGGCUGGCGUUUGUUCCCCCUCCCCCCCCCGCGCGGAUUGGGGGGAGGCUCUCGUGCCCACCGCCGCCGGGGGUGGGCUGGGCCGAUUUGUCGGUGUUUUGGUGAUUGAUGUGAUCCGGGGCUUUCCUCCGCGUACUUUGGUCUGACUCCCAAGUUCCUAGCCCUUUGCUGCGAGUCAGUUUCAGGCGGGUGGAAACUGACCAAGAAUUUAGCCAACAAAAGGUUCCAAAAGAACCCCGCCGAGAGGUUCCGCCGAGGCCUUUUUGGUUCCUCUCAGCUUCCCUCCCCGGGCAGGGAGGAGGGGGGUUUAAGGGUUCGGGGUUCUGAGGAGAUCAGGGGCUCAAGCCAAGGGUCCGGGGGCCCAGAGGAACUUCCCCGAGACGCUUCCCCCCCGGAUCCAGAUUUGCUGCUUGUUCUGUUUUGAUCUGAAAGUUCACGUGAAUUUUCCCGAGUUCUUGUGCUCAGUGAGGAAAGAGAUGUAAAAUCGCUGCCCAGAACAGGCUGUGGGAAAACAAGAAGCCAGAUGGAGACUGUGAGAUGAGUCUCUGAUGGGUGAUGGUGGCCUGGCAGGACUCCCUUCUCUGGCCUGCAUUGUCCCCUAGGACCAAACCCGAGCCCGGCCCGAGAAGAUUGCUGGGCUCCUCUCCGGGCUAUGUCACUUUCCACCAAGGGGGUGAGACUUGGUGGAAUGCAAGGGCCACACUUGAACUUCUGUGCUGAAGGCGACGGGGCAGGAUCGCUGGGGAGACUUGGAGACCGAGUCUGUGUGUUUCCCGAUGUGCAUGGCAGAAGGCCCCAUCCCUAUUUAAACUGACUCGGGCUCUGAGCUGCACCCCUUCCCCCCCUGCCUUUCCCCUAGACUUUCCUUCCUUACCUAGAAAAUCCAGCCCCAGCCAUGGCUUUGAAAGGCCGAGCACUUUAUGACUUCCAGAGCGAAAACAAAGAGGAGAUCAGCAUCCAGCAGGACGAGGAGCUGGUGGUCUUCAGCGAGACCUCCUUGGACGGAUGGCUGCAAGGUCAGAACAGCCGAGGGGAGACGGGGCUCUUCCCUGCCUCCUACGUGGAGAUCCUGCGAUCUCGCUCUGACUCCAACUAUAUGGACUAUUCAAACAGUCCGGCCAGCUCUCCCAACAACGAGACUUCUUUCUACGUCACCCCCGUGGCCAACCCCGGCAUCCUCUCCCAUCAGGGCAGCUUCGAGGAUGAUGACGAGGACUGGGACGACUGGGAUGACGGGGGCACGGUGGUGGAGGAGCCCCGGGGCGUCGGGCUUGGUACCAAUGGGCACCCCCCUCUCAACCUCUCCUACCCCGGCGCCUACCCCAAUCAGCACAUCAGCUUCCGGCCCAAGCCACCCCUGGAGCGGCAGGACAGCACGGCCUCCGGCAAGCGGGGGAGCGUGGUGGGGCGCAAUCUGAACCGCUUCUCCUGCUUCGUCCGCUCGGGCGUGGAGGCCUUCAUCCUGGGCGACGUGCCCAUGAUGGCCAAGAUCGCCGAGGCCUACUACAUCGAGAUGGGCCCCCGAGGCCCCCAGUGGAAGGCCAGCCCCCACCCCUUUGCCUGCUCCGUAGAAGACCCCACCAAGCAGACCAAGUUCAAGGGCAUCAAGAGCUACAUCUCAUACAAGCUCACGCCCAGCCACGUGGGCUCGCCCGUGUACCGGCGCUACAAGCACUUCGACUGGCUCUACAAUCGCCUGCUGCACAAGUUCACCGUGAUCUCGGUGCCCCACCUGCCCGAGAAGCAGGCCACGGGUCGCUUUGAGGAGGACUUCAUUGAGAAGCGCAAGCGCAGGCUGAUCCUCUGGAUGGACCACAUGACCAGCCACCCGGUGCUGUCGCAGUACGAGGGCUUCCAGCACUUCCUCAGCUGCCUGGACGACAAGCAGUGGAAGAUGGGCAAGCGGCGGGCGGAGAAGGACGAGAUGGUGGGGGCCAGCUUCCUGCUGACCUUCCAGAUCCCCACCGAGCACCAGGAUCUCCAGGACGUGGAGGACCGGGUGGACGCCUUCAAGGCCUUCAGCAAGAAGAUGGACGACAGCGUGCUGCAGCUCACCAACGUGGCCUCGGAGCUCGUGCGCAAGCACAUCGGGGGCUUCCGCAAGGAGUUCCAGAAGCUGGGCAAUGCCUUCCAGGCCAUCAGCUACUCCUUCCAGCUGGACCCCCCCUACAGCUCGGACGCCCUCAACAACGCCAUCUCCCACACGGGCAAGACCUACGAGACCGUGGGCGAGAUGUUUGCCGAGCAGCCCAAGAACGACCUCUUCCAGAUGCUGGACCGCCUCUCCCUCUACCAGGGCCUGCUCUCCAACUUUCCUGACAUCAUCCACCUGCAGAAAGGUGCCUUCGCCAAGGUCAAAGAGAGCCAGCGCAUGAGCGACGAAGGCAAGAUGGACCAAGAUGAAGCCGACGGGAUCCGCAAGCGCUGCCGGGUGGUGGGCUUUGCCCUGCAGGCCGAGAUGAACCACUUCCACGAGCGCCGGGUGCUGGACUUCAAGCACAUGAUGCAGUCCUACCUACGGCAGCAAAUUCUCUUCUACCAGCGGGUCAGCCAGCAGUUGGAGCAGACCCUGCGCAUGUAUGACAACCUCUAACCCUGCCCUUGGCCUCUCGGCUGAGCCUCUGCUCCAGCCUGCCCCUUCCCCAGUGCAGUCCUCCCCAGCACUGUCUGCUCAGGUAGAGAGAGCCUCUAGGGGCUUCCUGAUAGGGAUGGCUGAGUCCCACGCCCCCUGCCCCUUUGUAGUUACACAGCCCCUCUCCCCCUCCCCUCCAGGAGUGGUCUGGCUACAUGGCAAGAGCUCAGAGGGGCUCACAGAGACCACCUUGGUCCCCAACUGGAGCAGGACCAUCCCUGCUUUGAAAAGGGGACUGAGAACGGGGUGAGAGGGAUCUGGUGUCUUCCUCUUCCUUGGGGGCAGGAGCAGAGGCAGAGAGGGGAGGGAGCCUUUGGAGACUAACUAAGGCCAUAGAAAGUAUGGACUAGAGAGAGCAUCCAGCCCCCCGCCCUAAAUCUUUACCUGAACAAAGUGACAGGGCCCUGUGAAUCCAGAGCAUUUGUAGACAUUCCUGGAUAGGGUUAUGGGGAAAAUCUAAGCGCCCCCUUCUUUCUGCUGAAAACCUCAAGGCUUCUUCAUCUGUCUUUCCCCGAACCACAGCCCCUCUGUACCCGUGGCUGGAUUCUGGCCCUUGGCUCCCCUUUGUAAGAGGGAAUCUGGCCAGAACCCAGAGGA